UCUCCAACAAGCCCGAAGCCUACAUUCCCGAGCUCUUUGCACUCGGACCAUACCACCAUUGGCAUCCCCAGCUCUACGAGAUGGAGCGCUACAAACUUGCCACUGCCAGGAGGACACAGAAGAAGCUCCAAAGCAUCAAACUCCACCAACUGGUCGAGUACUUCAUUAAGAAAGAGCACAUGAUUAGAUCUCACUACCAUAGGCACCUUGAUUUCAAUGGUGAGACUUUGGCAUGGAUGAUGGCCAUCGAUGCGUGUUUCUUGUUUGAGUUCCUUCGCAACUAUUCUAAUGCAGAGGGAAAGGUCUUUAGAAAGGUGACAACAAUGUCUCAUAUGGUGGAUGCUGCAAGGAUGAAGUUGGCCUAUAAUUGUAUCCUUAGGGACAUCAUGAUGCUCGAGAACCAGAUACCGCUAUAUCUAGUACGAAAGAUCCUACGAUUUCAAUGCCCUUCGUAUCAAAUUGCUGACGAAGAGCUCUCGAACAUGUUGAUAGGUUUUGUGAAGGAGGUUUCUCCAUUUGAAGUGAUGAAGAACUUUUCAAGCAUCGACGUUAAAAACUAUGCCCACCUGUUACAACUACUUUACUUCAUGAUUGUUCCCAAGGCAAUGGAAUCAAUCGGAACCAUUAACAAAACCGAAGUCCAUGUCGAUAUCCCCGAGUUGAAGGAGACAAAGCCCAUGUGUAACCCUAACUAUGUGAAGCAACUCUUUAGUUCAGUUUGGAGGCAGGCACCGGGCUUAAAAGUCAUGGAAGUCCUUGCCAAGAGGCCCAUCAAAUUCUUAGAGAAGAUUCCAUGGAAGAUCAUCUCCAGGCUCCCAGGGGUCUCGAUCUUGGUCGAAAAGAUCUUCUCCUUCCAGGGUGAAAAGAAAUCAGAAGACGAAGACUCCACUGACGAACCACCUUUGGUCGAAAAGAUAAUGAUCCCUUCCGUGACUGAGCUCAGCAAGGCUGGGGUGAAGUUCUCACCAACUGAGGGGGACUUGACGACAAUAUGGUUCAACUCGAGAACUGCCACAUUUUAUCUCCCAACCGUUAGUUUGGACGUCAACACUGAAGUCCUACUGAGGAAUUUAAUAGCCUAUGAGACAACAGUUGAGUUGGGGCCGAUGGUCUUCACUCGGUACACCGAGUUGAUGAACGGGAUUAUAGACACCGAGGAGGAUGUGAAGCUCUUGAGGCAAAGCGGGAUCAUCUUGAACCGGAUGAAGAACGAUGAGGAGGUGGCACAGCUCUGGAAUGGGAUGAGCAGGUCGGUGAGGUUGACGAAAGUAGGCUUCAUAGACAAAGUGUUGGAGGAUGUGAACAAGUUUCAUAGCAGUAGGUGGAGUGUGAAGGCCCGGAAGAUCAUGAAGACCUAUGUGUUUGAGGCGUGGCAGAUCCUUACAUUCCUGGCUGCUAUCUUGCUCCUGUUGUUGACGUGCGUGCAGGCCUACUGCUCGGUCUAUGGUUGUGGAUCUCGCUGGGACCAUGCCAUAAACGCGGGGUUAGAGUGA